AUGGAAAUCUCUCGAAUUCCUAAUGCUGCCUUGCAAAAGUAUAUUUUUGGCUCUUAUGCCCUCGGAAAGUUGAUCUUGAGUGUCCAGGCAGCAGCCAUACCAGAAAGUAGCAUCAGCAAUGCGCAUUCAAUGGUGUCAGCUUCUCCAACAGACAUGGGAGUACCUACCACUACAGCCCAGCAGCAUAUUGUAUCUGGUUCUACAAUGAGUCUUGCAACCAGUGGAAUCUCAGCAGAUCUUACUGGUCUCGAUCUCUCGCCACUCUAUGGGUCUGCUACACCAACAAUCAAUUCUCUUGCCUCAUCCCAGCCUACUAUACCCGCAACCAUAUCAGCCUCGGCCUCAAUUGAAAAUUGUGGACAGUCUGGCUGUUCUACCAAACCCUCUCAGACGGUUGUGAGUAUAGCCACCACGACUGGUUUGACCGGAUCGUCAGAGAAUUCGACCUCUGGGGGCCUGAGUACGGGCGCAAUUGCAGGUAUUGCAGUCGGCUCUGGUGUCUUGGUGCUCUUUGCCUUGUUCUGUUUCUGGAGAACAAAGCGCAGAAAGCCAAAGUUCGAUCGUGGACGAGGUAUCACACCAUCCAUGUUCUUUGACAAUACCCAAUCCCGUCAAUCGCAGAACCCUCAGAAUCUUCAGACAAAGGAAGGAUCUUCUGGUGAUCGAUUGAGUGCCUAUUCAUUCACAUCCCCAAAUGCUGCAUUUGGUUACUGCCCACAACCACUUUCUGAAAAGACAACAGCAAUGUUGGACCAGAUGUACAAUAUUAAACAAUACAACAAUCCAAAUUCAACAGCAGCCACGGCAGCGGCAGCAGCAGCAGCAGCAGCAUUGGGAAAGAAUGAUGUGCCUGGAAAGAGUACAGCUCGUUUGUCAAAAUACAAUUACCUCACCCAAGUAUUUUCGCAGAUGCGUGCAUCGACUGCAGAAGAGCAAAUACAGCAACAACAGCAACAACAGCAACAACAGUCAUCUGUCAAGGUGAGACAGGUGCGUGAGAAAGAUAUGACCGACCAACCUGAAAUGAGAUCUAGCGGCCCUGAUCGAACCCUGCAUGAAUCUACUGUGCUCGGACCACAUCAACCGGAAGAUGAUCGAGGUUUAUCAGUGAACAGAUCGAUAGUAGAGAUGGCCAAAUUGAACUCUACUUUCAAUAAUAUCAAUACUGAUAAUAAUAACCCUGGUGCUGGAGGUGGAAAUGGAAACGGUUCAAAGUUUGGAGAUGUUCCAGCAAUAUCUGUCAGUCCACCACCACCACCACCGACAACAGCAACAACAGGAGGAGGAGGAGGAGGAGGAGGAGGAAUUAGAUCUACAGAGACAUUACAGCAACCUCAAAAGUAUCAAUAUCAAUAUCAAAACCAAAGUCGAAAUCCAUUCCAGUCACAUCCACAGCAGCAACAGCAGCAAACACCCCCACGAAUUGCGGUGUACAAUGAACAUGAUGAACAAAAGGAAAUUAUCGAUCCUUACCGUGGAAUUGUGAACGGACGGGACAGUAUGAUGUCAGAAGUUAGUCAGUACAGUACCUUUUCGACUGAUACCAACCCAUUCCGUGCCUCUACUGGUAGUGCAGACUCUGUGACUUUGCCUUAUAUUCCCCAGCAGCCACAGCCUGUUGUUCAUUCCCAACGAUACGAGUAUAUUUAA